AUGAUGCUCGAGCUGCAGAGCAGCGAGGACAUCAGUGGUCACAUGGACCCACCAAGCGCUGAAGAGCUGGAGUGUAAGAUCUGCUACUGCGUGUACAACCUGGGCAGUCGCAGGCCAAAGGUGCUCGAGUGCUGCCACCGUCUGUGCUCCAAGUGCCUUGCCAAGAUCCUGGACCUGGGCGAGUCGCCCCCCGACGCCCUGGUGUGCCCGUUCUGCCGCUACGUCACCAGGCUGCCAGGAGAGGCGGUGAGCGGCCUGCCAGAUGACUGCAACCUGGUGGCGAUGCUGGCCCUCCGGAGCAGGAAUCAGAGGAACCUUCACUUCCACCAGGACACCACUCCGGAGCUGCUGCUCAGCCCCCGACGCCUGAGCUCGCUGAUGGGGGGAAACCCAGCUGUGAUGUCCUCCUCCUCCUCCACCUCUUCUUCCUCCACCACCUACUCCACCAUCCGGAGCUCCCCCAACUUUGUGGUCAUCACCAUCAUGGAGCCUCCGCCGGCGUCUGCGUCCACCCAGGAUCUCCACCUGCAUCACCACUCCCUGGGCUCUCAGGGCUACCGCUCAUCCAGCCUGGACUCGAUGGCAUCCAUCACACAGCGGUGGACGGUGUGGAACUGUGCAGCGCUGCUGUGCCAGACUCUGGCCCGGGCACUGGUGUGGGUUCUGGGGCUUCUGUACUUCAGCUCGCUGCCCAUGGGGGUAUACCUGCUCAUCAUGCAGAGGACGACGCUUGGGGUUCUGCUGGUGAGCCUGGUUCCCGCCAGCCUCGUCAUGAUCAUGGUCUACGGGUUCUGCCAGUGCAUCUGCCACGAGUUCUGGGACUGCAUGCCGCCAUAA